AGUGAGAGUGCGGCCUGGAGUGGGUAGAAAAAGGCGUCUCAGAAAGCUGCAGGGCGGUAGAGAGGUCUGAUGGCUGGGGUUGGGGGGAUGGGGCGCAGGUGAUGAGCCGAGUCCAGGAGAAUGUCUCUCCUGGGCCCGGGGAGGGAGAGGAAGAACACAGAAGAGGCCCUUGAGGUCAGCUCCUGGCCAAAGACAAGGCAGGGGAGGCUUCGAGGUGAGGGCGGUAGGAUGUCACAGGUUCUGUACCAAGGAGCUUCGACGCUGUCCCAGGGCAUGGGAGAACCAGUGCACAAAGGGGUGGGGUCCUUUUGCCCGGCCUAGUGGGGAGCUGGCAAAGGGAGGACGGAGUCCUCUGCUCUCCGACCAAGGGCGUCACGGGUAGGUGGCCAGCCCUGCGCCCGGCUGAGGUCCGAUCUAAAAGGCCCAAAGGGCCAACAGGGAGGACAGAGGGAGGGCUAAAUGUCCAAGGCCCAGUGGGAUAGGAGCUGAGGCGCCCAGCCUGGCCGGAAGGGGUGGUGCCCCACGAGGUGGAGGCGGGGCCUGGUGCCCUCUGAAGGUACUCGAGGCGGCCGUUGUGCUGAGGCUGCUGGGAGCCCAGGAGACGAGGGGUGAGAGGGUAAAGGCAGCUCUGAGGGACACGUCUUAGAGUGGGCCCGUCACACAGGGGGCGCUCCAUAAGUGCUUGUUGUCCGGCUCUAGUCCUCUAUGCAAGGAAGGAGCCUUACAGGGUAGCACAGUGUCUCUUCCCUGCUGGGGUCCUCCUCGGCACUGACAGGCCUCUUUCCCACUCCCCUUGGGCGCAGCCCUAGCUUUCAUUCGGGAUGUUGCCUGACUGAUGGGGCCGCUCCUGCUCCCCGACCCCGCACCUCCCCAGGCCUUCCUGGGUCGGCCUCGCUUUCACUACUGUGACUGACUGACAGGUCUUCCUACCCUUCUCCUUCCGCUCCCACCCAGCGCUGGCCUCGUUUUCGCUCUGGAUGCCGCCUGACUGACAGGUCUCUCUUGCUCCCCUCCCUCCCCCCCUCCCCCACCCCGCCCGCUCGCUUCCCCCAACCCCCUCCCUGCCUCGCUCUCGCAGCACGCCUGACUGACAGGGCCCUAGGCUAGGCAGGCCAGAGAGAGGGAGAGGGAGUGCCCCGCGUCACUUCCGCUUCCCGCCGGCUAGCCCAUUCUGUGUGGAAAGCACGAGCCGCGAGCGCGGGAGAGAGAGGCUGGCUCGAGGCAGGGCGCGAGGCGGCGGCGGCCGGAGCCGGGGCGCACGUCGGGGCAGCAGCGGCUUGGGGGCGGGGCGGGCCAUGCCGCGGUUGAGGUCGCGGGGCUCGAGGCCCGCGCGGCCCGGCGGCAGCGGCGACGACGACGGCGGCGGCAGCGACGAGGCAGAGCGGGAGUCGGCGUCAGGCCGCCGCCUGUGCACUCGGGCCUCGGCCUCGUCGGCGGGCCCUGGCCCGGAGCCCGCCUCAGCCAAGCGGGACAAGAGGCGGCGGAGGCAGCGGCGGGCCCGGGAGGCUGUGGCGGCCGCAAGUGCGGCGGCCACAACUGCGGCUGAGGAGGAGGUGCCGCCGCGGCGGAAGCGGGGCCGCAGGCCCGGCACCAAGGAGGCCCCGCCGGAGCAGCCUCGGGGGCGCGGGCCCUGUAGGGGCCGCAGCCAGAGCCGCAGCCGCAGCCGGGGCCGGAGAGGGGCAGCAGCCUCCUUGCCCACGGGACCCCGCCGAGCUGGGAGCGAGGCCUCAGGCGAGCAGAGCCUCAGCGCCGGGGCGGGUGGCGGUGAAAGGAAGGAGAGGAAGCGGCGGAGGCGCAGCGGCAGCGGCAGCCGGAGCCUCGGAGGGCGGGGCUUGCCCUCCCGGGCCUCAGAGCAGCAGCCACCGCCUCCCGGGGCCCCGGCCGCAGCCAGCCCCGAGCCGCAGCUGGAGUCCAAGGAGAAAGCAAAGAAAAAAAUUAAAGAAGGUUCAAGUGGAAAAGAUGAACUUCAGCCAGCAACUGACUUGAAUUUCCCAGGGGAUUGUAGCAUGAAGGAAUCAUUAAUCAGUUCUGAGUCUUUUCAAACAAUGGAGCCCAAUGGAAUUAAAAGCAUGACUUUAAUGCAGACUUUGGGCAAGGAAGAUUUGGUACCUUGUAAUAAAAGAAAAAUUAGACUCACAAAACCUAAAGGUUUGGAAAACCCAUCUCCCAAAGUAACUGAAAAUAAGGAUGCACAGAACACUCUAGCAGAGUUCCAAGAUGGACUGUGUAGGGAGAAUUCCAAUUAUUCUCAUAACAGCCUGUCACCUACAGUAGAAACAAGUACAGUGAUUAAAAGUGAUUAUAAUUGCCAACCCUUUUUAAAGGAUUCUAGUGAUGGAAGAAACUCUGCUUAUAAAAGUGAGCAUGGGCAUGUAGCAGAAAUGGCCACAAAGUUAAAGAGAGAAAAUGUGGAGAAGAGUGAUAUGAAUGGUAGCCCUCAUCUUCUGCAAAGUGAAGAAAAUAUUGUGGGAGUAAAAAAAGUGUUAGAAGGGAACAAAGAAGGAUUACACCAGAAUAGAAAUAAUGGUACAUUUUCUUGUCUUCAAAAUACAAAAAACAAGCACUCCAAGGAAGUAAAAAAAGGGGUUGGGAGAAAACCCAGGAAAAGGAUGAGAUUGUCUGAAAAAAUGGAUGAAACAGUCACUGAGAUAAGUUUCCCAAAUAUAGAUAAUAAAUCAGAUGAAUUAUUGUUGCAAGCAAAGCAAAUGUUCACAGAAAGCAAAGAAACUUUAGAGUUUAAGACAAAUUCAAUUGCUUUAAGGAAGGGUUCCUCUAUAAUGGAUAAUUCUCGAAGUCCUCAGGAAGUUACUGAAGAGAAGAAUCACAAGAAGAUGAGUUCAAAACACCAUGCAAAUGAUAUAGUUGAGAAAACAUUUGAACCUUGUAGUAGAAAAGAAAGAACUAAGACUGUUGCAGAGCCCUUUGAUCAUAAAAGCACAAAGCGGGAUGAACACCUUAAGUUGGCAAAAAGCCCUGUAGUGAAAGUAUCUCAUGAUAUAUUUGGUAUUCCUAUUUAUCAUUAUGUUGAAAAGGAAGCUUCAGAAGAAACUGAGGAAUUCAAGUUAAGCUGUAGAAGAAUAGUUCCAAUGACUGGUAAAAGAAUUUGGCCUUGUUAUUCAUGUGCCAGGACAUCUGUUUGGUCUCAUAAAAAGGAUACCUUAGUUGAAUCAAAUGCCUUUCCUUCUGGGUCUCAAGAAAAUUUAUGUCAAGAUAAUUCUGAUAGGCUGCUUUUAAGUAAUGAACACCUAGCUGAUAACUCCAAAUUAAUGUUACAGAAUUUUGUUAUAGAGACAAAGAAAGUACCUUCAAGUAAAGAAAAGGUGGACAUAAAAGCAGAGUUUUUGUCUUCCAUUACUACAGGAACAUCUCCUUCAAUGGAUAUAGAAGAGCAUAUAAUCAACAGUAACAAAAAAGGGAAGUCAGAAGAUCUGAGUAGAAUUGAAUCAGAAGUGAUUUCUAAUGGCAGUGAAAAUAAUCAUUUCACUAAUAUGACCCUACACUUGGCAGUAAAUCCAAGAAAAGAUAAAGGAAUUUCAACAAAACUUAAUCUAUCCACUUCUCAAGAUAAUCAGGAUAUAAACAAUAAUGGGGGCAAAAUUAUGAGGCGGAAAGCAGCUCUUGCCCAACAGACACUUGCAGUGCCAAAUUUAGUGAAAAUGCUAAACACUGGACGGCUGACAAACUUUAAAAUUCCUUUACUCAAGAAUAAAACAGAACCUAAAAAGGAGUUAAAUGUUAAAUCAGAGAAAGAAGCCUAUAGUCCCCUAGAGCUCCUUGACAAUUUGUCUACAACAGAGAUUAGGCAGAAUAGGAUGAAAGAAAUUGACUGUACAGUAAAUCCAAAUCAGCAGUCUCUUGGUAUCCCAGCUGAUGUUACACUAAUGCAAGCCAAUCCUGAUGAGAUCUGCAGUAGAAACUCCAGUACUGUUUCUCAGAGCUCCUUGAAGCAAGCUAAAACCAACCCACUUGACCAACUUUCUGAAGUUGGCACAGAAGCUAUAUCUCCUAUCUGUGAAAAGAAUGAUUUUUCUUCUGAUUCCAGGUAUACAAAGAAAAGCCCUACAUGCUCACCUUCUACAGAACCUCAUUUGUUUGAUUCUUUUAUUUCCUCUGGAGAAGUUGGUGGGGAAGCAUCUAGAAAAAGCUUUGCAGAAAUUAAAGUAGAUUUUCCAGAUAUUCUUCAAGCUUAUGAAGAUGAUGUCCUUGUAAUUGAUGUAAUUCAAGAUGAUCCAGACCUCUUUGGAGUUGAAGGGGAACCUUUGUUUACUUCAGAUGAUGCUCUUAAAAACCAAGAACCUACUGGUGCUGAAGACUACCAAGAAAUUGAUUCAAAGCCUAUGAAACUACCAGAGAAAAGAGAGCCAAGCAAUGACUCUAGGUAUGCCUGUCAGCAUGUAAAAAGAGAAUUUCCUGCACAGGACCAUGGAUCAUUGACAUCAGAUAUCUCUUCCAAUGCUUCAUUAAUAACUGCAAAUGAGAUUAAACAUGAUUCUCCAGUUCUGAGUGAUUCUUUGGGAAGAAUUACUAAUGAGACCUCUGAGGAUGAAAAACCAGCCGAGUUAAAUGAGCACAAAAAGGGGCUGGAUGUAGAUGAAAAGUGUAAAUUUUCAAGUAGUGUGGCAAUAAAAGAAGAAAAAGAAAAUAUUUAUGAAGUUGAGAAAAGCAAGGAUUCUAAAUAUGCAGAGAUUCUCACGGGUGAGCGUCAGAUAGCAUCUCUGUGUCCAACAACCCCAUGCCUGCCAAUACCUUCUUUGAAUAUAAAAGCUCAUCAGGAUGGCACAAUCCUGAAACCCUGGAUGAAUGAUUUUAGAUUUUCAGGGAAAUAUCCUCUCCUGAUGUUGCAAAAUCCAGAAAAUUGUGAAAUUUUUAAAAGGGAAAAAAAUGCAGGGAUGUUCCAGAAGUCCCUAGGAUUGAUGAUGUUACCUCAUGGAUAUUGCAGAUAUCAUUUUAAUACAUUACAUGGCUGUGAUCGAUCACUGUGUAAAUUUACCCAUGUUCUUGAACAAGCGCAUGAAAAGGUCUGCAUGGAAAUUCUUAAGAAAUAUAUAAAUAUCGGUGAGGUGUGCUUGCUUCAACGUGCAGUAAACCUAUUUAUGGAGUACUACAGAAAGUUUCCUCCUGGGGUCCAUUUUGAAUCACAAGUGCUAAAUGACCUUCUGAUUUCUUUACUCAAGCACUGCUUAUUGAAAGAAGUGUUUCAGGUAGUGAAUAUCAGCAUAAUGGUCAAAAUGUUGCCUGCUCUAAAAGUAUUAAUCAAAGUAUUUGAGCAUGUGGCAUCUAUGAACUUAAGGAAUGCUGUGCCAACUCUCAUUGAGAUAUUUUGCAAGCUUGUAGAAGCUGGGAUGAUUCUUGACUCUGAACAUUUUAACUAUCUCAUUAAGCUCUUAUACCAAGUACAGGCUUCCAAACAAGAAAUAAACGCUGUCCUAGAAAUGAAAUCCAGGUUACGGGUGAGACAGUUUAAAAAGAAUUGGCUCUCUGACUUAAAUUCAGCAAUUACUGAAAUAGAGCAUUGUAAAGAAAAAGGUGAUUGGACUAGCCUGGGAAAUUUUUACAUUAAUGUAAAAAUAGGUUGUGAAAAAUUUGCAGAUCUUGAGAGAUUUUCAGCUUACAUUGCUAACGCAUUAACAAAAGAUUACAAGGAAGAAAGACAAGGAAUUCCUUUUUGUGAAUUUGCUGAUACAGUUAGCAAAGAUCCCCAAAACAGUGAGAUUGAUAAGACUUUACUGGGAAGAAUUGGGAUCAGUGUAAUCUACUUUUAUCACAAACUACUACAGUGGUCUAAGGGAAAGAAGGUGCUUGAUAAACUGCAUGAGCUGAAAAUCCAUUUCACAAGUUUAAAAGGACUUGCUGGCCCUGAGAAAUUAGCAUCACGAUGCCAAAUUGUUAAUGUAGCAGCAGAAAUUUUUCUUAAAAGUGGAAGUAUAGAUGGCGCCAUUUGGGUAUUGAGGGAGUCUGAAUGGAUAAUAAAUACACCACUGUGGCCCUGUGACAGGAUGGAUGUCCUCAACAGACAUAACCUACUCUGUACAAUUGCAUAUGAGAUCUUAGCCAAGAACCUUUACCGACAAACAUUUGAAGUUCUUCAGAACUUACCUGGUUUCCAAAAUUCUCAAGAAACUGUGGAGGUCUCGCAGUAUAACCUUCUUUUUAACAAGCUUCUAGAUGCUUGUAUAGAAAGCAAUAGUCUGGGUGUGUCAUCUUCUGUAGCAGAAUUCAUGUUUUCAAAGAACAUCCCUAUUGAUUUUUCUUUUCUCAGAAGAUUAAUUACUGCUUUAGGGAGAAGUUGUUUAUGGCCAAAAGCCAGAGCCCAUUACAAAAGUGCUCUGUCACUGGGCUGUUACCCACCCUUGGAGGGAAAUUUGUACCGAAAACUUCUGCUGAUUCCUUCCUACUUGUCUGAGAUUGAAAUGCUCUUAGCUAUUGAAAUUUUUCUAGUAUCUAAUGCUAGUAGUAUUCAGAGUCCUGGUGCUUCUUCCCAGACCCUGCAGAUAGUACUGAAAAGGUGUGAAGAUGACAAAGUACAGACUACGGAUGACUACCGAACAGCAGUGGAAAGACUGGUCCAGGCUGCUCGGAUAUCAGACCCAAAGCUUUUCAUUAAGCACAUGACCGUGAAUAUCACCAUGGAACAGGUUUAUAGUUUGGAACAUUGUUCUGCCUUGAAAUGGUUGAAAGAGAAUAUGAAAUGGGCUGGGAAGGUUUGGCUUUUUCAGUAACUAUUAGGUUAAAAAGACUUUUUUUUUUUAAGUUCCAGUAAUCAUUGUUGAAAAUGAAUGGUAAUAAAGACAGUUCUCACUGUACCCAGACUCAGUGAUUUAUAUACAUGGCACAAUAUAUAUGUGACAGGUCUGGACCUGUAAUUUCAUUUGUUAAAGGGAUUUUCUUAAUCUCUCCCUCUGUCUCCUUAAGAGGCAAGAGAGGAGAAUUUCUAUGUAGAGAAGAACUGACAGGGGUCAGUGAGCCACAGCUGAAGAUUCCAUUACCAAGGAGAUGAGGGGAGAGAUAAGGAACACUGGCAGUUGAGGCCUUUUUGCCUCUGGAUCUCAAGAGAUAAGGAGGUCUAUCUCUGCUACUGGCAACUGGCAGUUAGGCAUCUUUGCCUCGAGAUCUCGAGAGAGCAGGAGGUCUGACUCUGCUUCUGGCAGUUGACUACUGACAGUUGAGUGGUAGAAAUAGAUUGAAGGAGUUUGUGGGUGGUGAAUGUCUGAUUAGUUAGGAAGAUAGGUUAUUAAUAAAUUAAUUUUAGAUAGUGUAGGUUAGAUAGGCCUGGACUUGCCAGACAAGAAGAAGAUAGAAGUAGGGAUUUAGAUAGUAUUAGGAAUUUAGCUGUAGUCAUAGGGUAUUAGAAUAAUCUCCCUUUCCUCCUUUUCUGUUUUCUAUCUGUAUUUCUUCUCAAAUUAAAGUGUUUUAUUCA